UUUGGAGGACAUGGGGAGGAGGAGGAGAAGGAGGAGGGAGGAGGACAGGGAAGGAGGGGAAAGAAGAAAAGACAAAAGAUUCAUAAAACUAAACUAAAGCAGUUCUGGACGACAGCAAAAGUUCUCGUAAAAACUCACCCUCUUACAAGCUGAAGGAAUGGGCAGUCUUCCAGUGGUCCUGCUCCUCUGCAGUUUCCACGCAUUCAGAGCUGUUGCCCAAGCCCAGCAGCCCGAGAGCACUGACACUCCCUUGCCAGCCAACUGUAGGGAGGAGAUGUAUCCUUGCACCAGGAUGUACUCGGUUCACCGGCCCAUCAAGAGAUGUAUUGGUUCUCUUUGUCUCUACAGCCUUCCUCGUGUCUACGUGAUCAACAAUGAGAUCUGCAUGAGGACGGUGUGCCAACAGGAUGAGUAUCUGAUAGCGGAACUGUGCAGAGAGUUGUCUGGGUGGCCCAGGCGUGUUGAGAGGUCAUCUAAUAGGAAACGCUGUCGUAAUCGCCGUAGCAACCCGAAAACCUGGGCAAACAAGGCCUGAUGGGGCCCUGAAUGGCGAUGUGACCACCUUUGAGGAUGGAGCCUCAAGCCAGAAACUUCCUCAAAUAAAAACAGCCCAUAACACCAUAAAUCAACCACUCGACACCUGUGGGCCUUGCUUUUCUCUUUCAUGCAUACGCAAAAUUGUGCUGAGUCAAAUCUAUGUUUAUGUAUUAGUCUUUUGUGUGUGAAUUAUUAAAGUUCAUUUCAUGUGUUUCUUGACACAGACCAUGUCUUCCAUGGUUUACAAUCCAUGAAAAGGUACUGUAGUAAUGGGCAUAUA